AUGCCCAUUACAAUCAGAAGAGCCACGGUCGAGGACAUGGUAGGUAUGCAAAAUGCCAAUUUGCAUAAUCUACCAGAAAACUACGUGCUUAAAUAUUAUAUGUAUCAUGUUCUGUCCUGGCCAGAAGCCUCAUUUGUCGCUACAACAACUGAUAUCAGCGAUUCUGUUGGAGAUGAACUCACAAUUGCUGAUGAGAAUGGUAACGAAACCAAGUUAGAUCCAAACUAUGUAAGACAGGGAGAAAAACUGGUUGGCUACGUUUUAGCAAAGAUGAAUGAUGACCCAGAUCAGCAGAAUGAAGCCCCCAAUGGUCAUAUAACCUCUUUGAGUGUAAUGAGAACAUACAGACGAAUGGGUAUUGCUGAGAAGUUGAUGAGACAAGCACUUUUCGCUUUAAGAGAGGUUUACAAAGCAGAGUAUGUCUCCUUGCAUGUCAGACAAUCCAACAGAGCGGCUUUACAUCUAUACAGAGACACUCUCGAAUUUGAGGUUCUUAGUGUCGAAAAAUCUUAUUACCAGGAUGGAGAAGACGCAUAUGCCAUGAAAAAGGUACUUGAUUUGGAAGAGUUGAAACCCAGCAAUUACGCCCAUGCGAAAGGCGCAGAACGGAUCGAAGACGAUUUUGAAAGUGACUUAUUAGAUGCUACAGUUUAG